GUGGCUGCGGCGGCCGCCUGUGCGAUGAGGCCGGCAGUCGGCGGCGGCUGGCGGCGGCAGUGAUCGGCCGGGGGUGGCCGCUCGCGUGGCAAGUGGCACCGUCGGGCCGCAGGGUGAUGGUGGCCGACGGGUCAUGCUGCUGAAGCUCCUGCAGAGACAGACCUAUACCUGCCUGUCUCACAGGUAUGGGCCUUGCCUCUGCCUGGGGGGCAUCGUCCUGCUGAUCGUCUCUGCCUUGCAAUUCGGAGAGGUCGUUCUUGAGUGGAGUCGGGACCAGUAUCAUGUUUUGUUUGAUUCUUACAGAGACAACGUUGGUGGGAAAUCAUUUCAGAACAGGCUUUGUUUGCCCAUGCCUAUCGAUGUUGUGUACACCUGGGUGAAUGGCACAGAUGUUGAAUUGAUCAAGGAACUGCAACAGGUGAGAAAGCAAAUGGAGGAAGAACAGAGAAUAAUGAGAGAAAUUCUUGGAAAGAACACAACUGAACCAACUAAGAAAAGUGAGAAGCAACUGGAGUGUUUACUGACACAUUGCAUCAAAGUGCCAAUGCUUGUCUUGGAUCCUGCUUUGGCAAGCAAUGUCACUCUUAAGGACCUGCCAUCUUUCUAUCCCCUCUUAAGAUCUGCCAACAAUAUCUUCUCCAUUGCAAAGCCAAAAAACCCUUCCACCAAUGUUACAGUAGUUGUUUUUGACAGUCCUAAAGAAGCUGAGGACGCUCAUUCUGGAAUGUUAAAGGAAAGCAGCAAACAAGUCGCCUGGAGGGGCUAUUUGACUGCAGACAAAGAAGUUCCUGGUUUGGUGUUAAUGCAAGACUUGGUUUUCCUCAAAGGAUUUCCACCCACCUUCAAAGAGACAAAUCAGUUAAGAGCUAAAUUACCCGAAAGCCUUUCUUCCAAAAUAAAGCUGUUGCAGCUUUAUUCGGAAGCCAGCGUUGCUCUCUUGCAACUCAACAAUGCUAAAGAUUUCCAAGAGCUGAACAAACAAGCAAAGAAGAACAUGACCAUAGAAGGGAAAGAAUUGACACUCAAUCCUGCAUAUUUACUAUGGGAUCUCAGUGCUGUCAGCCAGUCUAAGCAGGAUGAAGAUAUUUCUGCCAGUCGUUUUGAAGACAAUGAAGAACUGCGAUAUUCACUGCGUUCCAUAGAGAGGCAUGCGCCCUGGGUGCGGCACAUCUUUAUAGUAACUAAUGGACAGAUUCCUUCCUGGCUUAAUUUGGAUAAUCCUCGGAUAACUAUAGUAACACAUCAGGAAAUAUUUCAGAAUGUGAGUCACUUGCCUACCUUCAGUUCUCCUGCCAUUGAAAGCCACAUUCACCACAUCCCAGACCUGUCCCAGAAAUUCAUUUAUCUAAAUGAUGACGUUAUGUUUGGGAAGGACGUGUGGCCUGAUGACUUCUUUAGUCACUCCAAAGGUCAAAAGGUAUAUUUGACUUGGCCAGUGCCGAACUGUGCUGAGGGAUGCCCUGGUUCAUGGAUUAAGGAUGGCUACUGCGAUAAAGCCUGUAAUAAUUCUGCUUGUGAUUGGGAUGGAGGUGAUUGUGUUGGUAACCAUGUGGGCAACCGGUACGGUGGUGGCGGCGGAGCUGGUGUCGGAGGGAAUGUUCCCCCAUGGCAGUUUGGUGGAGGAAUAAGUGGUGUUUCCUACUGCAACCAAGGUUGUGCAAACUCCUGGCUGGCUGAUAAAUUCUGUGAUCAAGCUUGCAAUGUCCUUUCCUGUGGGUUUGAUGCUGGUGACUGCGGACAAGAUCACUUUCAGGAGUUGUACAAAGUGACCCUUCAGAGGAAUGUGACUCAUUAUGUCAUCCCAAAAGGUGAAAACCUACCUUACUUCAGCUUUGCUGAAAUAGCCAAGAAAGGUCUUGAGGGUACCUAUAGUGAUAAUACCAUAAUCCGUCAUGCUUCCAUUGCUAAUAAAUGGAAAACUGUCCACCUGAUCAUGCACAGUGGAAUGAAUGCAACUGUGAUUCACUUUAAUCUUACAUUUCAAAAUAAAGAUGAUGAAGAGUUUAAAAUGCAGGUGACACUGGAGGUUGAUACAAGAGAAGAACCAAAAGUGAACAUCACUUCCACUCAGAAACCUGAAGAUAAUGUGAAAACUACUACAGUAGUACCAGAAGCAGAAAUGAUAUUUGAGGAUAUCCCUGAGGAAGCACGUUUUCCAAAAAUUAAAAAGCGUCCAAAUGGCACGAUGGAGAGUUUGGAUGGAGUCAUAGUAAUUCCACAGGUUGACAUGUCUGUCCUUCCCGAAGAUGUAAGGCUAGCUCUGCAGCACUUAGAUUUGCAGCUACAAGGUGGUGACAUCACCCAGAAAGGGUACAACCUGUCAAAGGCUGCUCUUCUGAAGCCCUUCAAGUUGCUGCUCACAACUGCAGCAAACCAUUUCCAGAACGCAAGGAGUAAGGAAGCGUAUGACCCCUUAGGAGUUCGGAAGAAUCUCAGAAGUGGGCAGAACUCUUACAAAAGCAGCCAAGGUGGCAAAGCGAACAUUGAAAAAAGAAGUCAUGAAGUGCUGCUACCUGUUGGUAGCACCCCUGUGGCAAUGAGGGUGAACAGCCAUUUCCCUCUAAGACACAGCUCAGAGAUAAAAUCAGAGCCCACACCUGUACUCCAGAAUGCAGGUAAAAAAAAUAAGCCUCAGGAGAAAAUCCUAAAUACGCUCCAACAGAAGGAAACUCAAAAGCUACAAGAAAUUAAGAAAGAUAAAAUGGCAGAAAAAAAGAAAGGAGACACAGAUGACGAUCCAGCACGUGCUGAGGAGGAUAUAGCAGGAAAUCAAGAAGUACCAGGAAGGAAGCUGCAAUAUUACACUGGAAAUUAUCCAGGCUUCUUGCCUUGGGAGAAGCAUAAAUAUUUCCAGGAUCUGCUUGAUGAAGAAGAGGUGCUAAAGAAAGAGAUGGCUUACUUUACAGAUAGUAAACUGAUUGGGAGGCUGCUGAAAGACACAUUUGCUGAUUCUCUCAGAUACGUAAAUAAACUUCUGAACAGCAAAUUUGGAUUCACAUCUCGGAAAGUCCCUGCUCACAUGCCUCAUAUGAUUGACCGAAAAGUGAUGCAAGAAUUGCAGGAUUUGUUUCCUGAGGAAUUUGACAAGACUUCAUUUCACAAAGUACGCCACUCUGAAGAUAUGCAGUUUGCCUUUUCAUACUUCUACUAUCUCAUGAGUGCAGUUCAGCCAUUGAACAUUUCUCAGGUUUUUGAUGAAGUUGAUACAGAUACAUCUGGAAUUUUAUCUGACAGGGAGAUACGGACAUUGGCCACAAGAAUUCAUGAAUUACCCUUAAGCUUGCAGGAUUUGACAAGUCUGGAGCAAAUGUUAAUAAAUUGUUCUAAAUCCCUUCCAGUCAACAUCACUCAUAUUAAUAUUAUACCACCAACACAGGAAGCAUAUUAUGAUCCUAAUCUGCCUCCUGUGACUAAAAACCUGCUCACCAACUGUAAGCUUGUGACGGAUAGAAUUCGUAAAGCAUACAAGGACAAAAACAAGUACAGGUUUGAAACCAUGGGAGAGGAAGAAGUAGCUUUCAAAAUGAUCCGCACCAAUGUUUCCCAUGUCGUUGGCCAGCUUGAUGACAUUCGGAAAAAUCCCAGAAAAUUUGUUUGUCUAAAUGACAACAUUGAUCAUAAUCAUAAAGAUGCUCAGACAGUAAAAGCAGUGCUUAGGGAUUUUUAUGAAUCAAUGUUUCCCAUCCCAUCCCAAUUUGAGCUGCCAAGAGAGUAUCGAAACCGCUUUCUUCAUGUUCAUGAGCUUCAGGAAUGGAGGGCUUACAGAGAUAAGCUGAAAUUUUGGACACAUUGCAUUCUAGUGACACUGAUUGUAUUCACAGUCACCUCAUUUUUUGCAGAGCAGCUAAUCGCCCUCAAACGAAAAUUGUUUCCAAGGAGGAGGAUUCAGAAAGAAGCUUGUCAAGAACGAAUGAAGGUGUAGAAGAAUUUAAGUCAUGACUUAGUCUACCUCAACAUGUGACGAACAUGUGAAAUGUUUUGUUUCAGAAGUGUCUUGAUUGCUCUGUCCUGGGCAUGAACAAAACUGGCCAUGUCAUUAUAGCCUUUGUAACACUGUAUAUGACACCCAUGCUACUAAACUUACAGUGAGAACAACGUGGAAAAGGGUGUGUUGCCAGUCCUCAGAUGGUUAUACUUCUCAAGCAUUAUGUCCUGAGUGCAUUAUCCUUUUUAUAAAAAGGGUUACUGAUUGAAACAUAGCUGCAUUUAUUUGCAGUGCACAUUGCCAACUAAGAAUAAUGUUGGAUAGUUAAGUUCAGCCUCUAGUAAGUGUGUUCCUGAUUUUGCAUUUAAAGGCUUUCUGUAAGUUGUAGACUAUUCAAAUCAAUAUCUUGCCUCUCCCACCUUUAGAAGAACACUAAUGCUCUUCUGCUUUGGUUGCAACCUACAUGCACCGAGAGCAGUAUUCAGAAUGGUGGUUGUAAAGGUCUUUUGUAAUCCUUCCCUCCCAUUAUUCCACUGCUGUUCAGGGGAUGUUACUGCUCUGUUAGGUGCUUCCCAUGACAUUCAAUCAAGUCAUGUCCCCAGGAGAAGGUAAUCAUCACAGGAAAAUAUCUUAUUGACAUAAGUUGCUUUUCCACAUUUAGGCAUACCUGACAUAGCAACAACAAAGCAGCAAGAGAUAGUCCUCAUGUAUCUUUCUGAGAGCAGCUUUGCAUGCUUUUCUUUGAACUCAAGGGGAAUGAUUCAAACAUGCCCCCUCCCCCAAUGAGUACCGCCUAUAUUGGCAAGCUGUAUCUAAACAAUUGAAGUACAGAAAUGAUUGUUACUGCAGUGUCUUCUGAAGAACUGGAAUCCUAAUAUCCUAUUUUUCUGCUUACUCUAAUGAAAGUGAUAUUUAGAGAAAUUUGAUUGCAGUCUCUGAUACCAGUGUCAUGUCUUUAUUGACCAAAAGGAAAUUACAGUUUCAUGUUUGGAUGCCUAAUUAAAAGUCAGGGGUAUGAUCAAGUAAGGGAAUUGUGAUGUAACUAUGUUUUUCUCAAGCAUUGUGUAAUGAGCAGCAAAAGUGCCUCACCAUUAUUACUUGUCAAUACAUUGUAUUGUUUUAAUGGUACUGAUGUAUGAUAUGCAUGAUAUGCAGUAAUAUCGAGCAUUCGUUUUCUAAAAUGUCAAGGUAAAGCAAAUUUUUUUUGAAAAAAACAUGAUGUUAAUUCCUCUAGCGAUCACAUUGAUUAUUUUCUAAUGAAGAUCGUGAUAUUUUCAGUGUAUAUGUGUUGUAAAAUGUACAUUUUCAUUUAAUAAUGUCCAUGAUUUUAAAAUUAUGUGGCUUUUUUCAUGUGUUCGUGCGUGAAAGAAAAAUGGUCAUCUGUUAAAUAUUUUGAGAAAUUCUACAUUUUUUAAAAUCAGGAGAAGUCCCUUAUUCUUCAUUAUCCAGUGCAUCCACCUACUUUUAAAUUAAAUAAAUCUGGUUACUUGUUUUAAAA